AUACGGUUUAGCGCGCGAAGGCCGCGCGAAGGGCGGGCGGCCAGUCAGUCGGACCGCUGAACGCGCGAAGCGCACGGAUACGUUCCUCAUACAGUUUUAAAAAGUUUCUAUAUCGCGAUGAUACGGACAUUGUCACUAGUCCUUUUCGGUGUGGCAGUGAGCCAGCAGUUAGACAUAUCAAAGUUCUCCGUACCAGUAGCAGUGGAGAAGGGCAGCGAUGCCGAGUUGCUAUGCGAGCACGAUGGCUCGGAGACGUUGUCCAUAGUGAAGUGGUUCUGGAGCCCGGACGGCGCAGACAGGCCGAUGCAGAUAUACCAGCGAGCGUUUGGGGGCGAGAAGAAAAUCAUCUUACCGAGGACUAAGCCGCUUCUUAACAUCACUUUGGAGAUGUGCAGAGACGCCGAGUUGCUGUGCGAGCACGAUGGCUCGGAGACGUUGUCCAUAGUGAAGUGGUUCUGGAGCCCGGACGGCGCAGACAGGCCGAUGCAGAUAUACCAGCGAGCGUUUGGGGGCGAGAAGAAAAUCAUCUUACCGAGGACUAAGCCGCUUCUUAACAUCACUGUGGAGAUGUGCAGAGACGCCGAGUUGCUGUGCGAGCACGAUGGCUCGGAGACGUUGUCCAUAGUGAAGUGGUUCUGGAGCCCGGACGGCGCAGACAGGCCGAUGCAGAUAUACCAGCGAGCGUUUGGGGGCGAGAAGAAAAUCAUCUUACCGAGGACUAAGCCGCUUCUUAACAUCACAUUAAUAGAGGAGGAUAAACACAAUCUGGCGCUAUGGGACCUGCAGCCCGAGCAUUCCGGCACUUUCGAGUGCCAAGUGGAGGAGGAGCAAGGCGACUUCCAAGAACGGAGAAAGGUCUCUGACAUGGUGGUUUACAGUAUAGGAGAUGGACCGAAACUGUCAUUUGAAGGCGAGGAAGAAGUACUAGUGAUUUGCGAAGCCGUCGGCGUAGCGCCCCAGCCUGACAUCACCAUCAGCUAUGACAGCACCACAUUUAACACCACACUCUUAGAAGGCCCAAUCGAUGGGUUAUACAACGUGUCCACCAACGCAACACUCAACCGGCAAGACAUCGAAGGCGUUGAGAUCUCCUGCAAACUCUCCUUUGAAGACGAACUCAUCACGUCGGACGUUAUGGAGGUGGCCGACACUUAUCACUCAGAUGGGUGGCUCGCGACCAGCACCGCCGCGCCGGAAGACACCACAGAAUCUACCGAGGUCCCCGCGGCGCUCGCGACCGAACCUACCCCUGACAGCGCCGAACGCACGACCGCAGUGUGGGCGCUGGCGGCGCUCGCAAUCCUUCUACACUUUCAGCUCUAACAUGUGAUACUAACAAUAGUCUAAUUUAUACGAUUACUUAAGUUUCAUCGCUGUUGUUAAACAAUUUAUUUUUUUAUUAAAUUUAUUAGAAAUA